AUGUUCGUCGAGAAAAUCCCAGGAGAUUAUGAGAAUGGUGAUGUCAACAAGAACUUGGACGAUGAUGGUCGUUUCAAAAGAACCGGGACUUGGGUAACUGCAAGUGCUCAUAUUAUCACUGCUGUGAUCGGGUCAGGAGUGCUAUCGCUUGCAUGGGCGGUUGCUCAGUUGGGUUGGGUGGGUGGUCCGGCUGCUCUAGUGGUUUUCUCCUUCAUCACUUACUUCACCUCUACUCUCCUUGCUGAUGCCUAUAGGGCUCCUGACCCUGUCAAUGGACAAAGAAACUACACUUACAUGGAUGCUGUUAGAGCUUACUUGGGAGGAAGAAAAGUCCAGCUUUGUGGAUUGGCUCAGUACAUGAAUCUUACUGGAAUAACCAUUGGUUACACUAUCACUUCAUCUAUUAGCAUGGUGGCGGUGAAAAGGUCGAAUUGCUUCCACAAGCAUGGGCAUCAUGCGAAAUGCGAGACAUCAAACUACCCAUUCAUGGUCAUCUUCGGCUGCAUUCAGAUACUUCUGAGCCAAAUCCCCAACUUCGCCAAGCUUUCAUGGCUCUCAAUCAUAGCAUCCGUCAUGUCUUUCGCUUAUUCUUUUAUUGGCCUUGGACUCUCCAUUGCCAAAGUUGCAGGUGGGGAAGACGAUGUAAGGACAACCUUAACAGGAGUGGUAGUAGGGGUGGACGUGUCGGGGUCUGAAAAGGUUUGGAGGACACUCCAAGCUAUAGGGGACAUUGCCUUUGCCUAUUCUUUCUCCAACGUCCUCAUCGAGAUUCAGGACACAAUCAAAUGGAGCCCAGUAGUACCGGAGAACAAAUCAAUGAAGAGAGCAACCGCUAUUGGAGUAUCAACAACAACUAUAUUUUAUGUACUUUGCGGCCUUGUUGGUUAUGCAGCCUUCGGAAACGAUGCACCCGGGAAUUUCCUUACUGGCUUCGGCUUUUACGAACCCUUUUGGUUAAUUGACUUUGCCAACAUUUGUAUUGCCAUUCAUCUUCUUGGUGCAUAUCAGGUUUUUGCCCAACCGUUGUUCGGGUUCGUGGAGGGCUGGUGCUCGAGGCGAUGGCCGGGUAACAGGUUCAUUACAAGUGAACAGGCUGUAAGAGUUCCAUUCUAUGGUGUGUAUUACAUCAACUUGUUCAGGUUGGUUUGGAGGACAACGUACGUUAUUGUAACGGCAUUGGUAGCCAUGCUUUUUCCUUUCUUCAAUAACUUCUUGGGUCUUAUUGGAGCUGGCUCGUUUUGGCCAUUAGUAGUCUAUUUCCCAAUAGAAAUACACAUUGCACAGACGAAAAUGGCUAAGUACUCGUUCAAAUGGAUGUGGCUCAAAAUACUGACCUGGGCCUGCUUGAUUGUUUCACUCAUUGCUGCUGCCGCUUCUGUUCAAGGACUGAUUCAAAGUCUCCAGGCAUACAAGCCCUUUCAGCUUCAAGAUUAA